AUGAGUCAUAGCAACAGUGACCAACCGGACCACACGCAGAGAUCACAUUCUACCCGGGGCAGAGAUGCUGAGGAAAAUGAGGUUUGGAAUUCGCGACAGAGUGGUGUGGAUUUGGCAACUGCCCGUUCAAAAUCGGGACGAGGUACUCAGCAAUCGGAGCGAAAUACGAGGGAAUCGGAACGUUACGACGGUGAAAAGCGAGACCAGUCUGUGAAUGUGGGGUUUGUGGGCGAGAGAGUGAGUGUCCAAAUGGACUUUGGAUCACAGCCCACACAAGACGUGGCCGUGAUUUGUGCCAGCAGUGAUCAACACGUGGCGGAAAUACACGUACCAAGAGAGGUUUAUGUACGCGCUAAGGUGAGUAUGCAUGCAGUUCUCAGGAUGUAUUCAGAUAAAAGUUUACAUGCUGGUAUAUGUAACAUAUACAUGUAA